AUGGCCUCCCCACGUCCCGCCUCUCCUCUCACCUCGGGUGCCGAAUCUGGCCCCGACUCCAAGUCCGCAGGUGCAGCGGCCGCCUCUGGCUCGUCUAUCAGCCGUCCUUCUUCGCCCACUCCCCCCGGCGGUCCCCGUGCUGCUAUGCGCCGCCGCGCCGCCGCCGACCACAAGGAAUCCCUGCGUAAUGCCCGCCCUGCCUCUACCCGCUCCGCCGGUGCUGGCGGCUCAUCUGGCACCAUGCUGAAGCUGUACACUGAUGAGAGCCCCGGUCUGCGUGUUGACCCCGUUGUUGUGCUGGUGCUCAGCCUGGGCUUCAUUUUCUCCGUCGUUGGUCUGCACGUCAUCGCCAAGAUCACCCGCAAGUUCUCCGCAUAA